ACAGUAAAAGUGGAGAGUCUAGGUGCAAGAGUGAGAGCAAAUCAAAGUAGAACCGCCUGUCGAGUCUCGUGCCAUGCAUUGCUAACCUGCUUUCGAAGAGAGAGAUCAUGUCCCUCGCGAAUAUGGAUAGUUGGGAUGCCGAGCCUUCCGACGUCGGGCUGGUCAACAAUGUGUCUAUUAUUAAAAACAAAUGGGAAGGUGAAGACGUCGAGGAGGAUGUCGUUGACAGUUGGGAUCAAGAAGUCGAGGAGGAAAAGGAAGAAAUCAUCAAGCCCGAAACCCCGCCGGCGAAAAAAAAGAAUUCGAAAAAAUUAGGAGAGAAACUUGAAGAAAAAGAGAAAAAGAAGAAGCAAGUUGUAAAAGAGCCUGAAGAAGAAGAAGUACAGUUGACCCGAGAAGAAAUUCUUGCUGAAAAACUCAAGCGGCAGAAAUUACAGGAAGAAUCUGACCUUAACAUAGCUAAAGAAGUUUUUGGUGUAUUACCAAGUGGUAUAGAAUCGAAAGAAGAUUAUGAUAAAUUGAAGGAAAAAGUCUUACAAUUAGUAUCUGAGGGUGUUAAAAACUUGAAUUUUGUCAACUUUACAGAAGAAAUAAUACAUAGUUUAUGUCUACAUUUAUCUUCAGCAGAUUUGAAAAAAGUUCAUACGUGGAUAGGAAACUUGCACAUAGAAAAAACAAAAAUAGAAAAAGGUGAAAAAUCAAAAAAGUCGAAAGGCAAAGGGAAAGCAAAAUUGAAGUUAGAAGGGGAUAACGAUUAUGGUGAAUACUCCGCAUUCUCGGCAGACUUUGAAGAUUUUAUAUAACUAAAAACUGGUGUAGUGUUAUUUAAUUAUCGCAGGCAUGCAUCGUGGAUUGUUAGUGUUAAUUGUAUUUCUUCAAUAAGUUAAUUUUAUAAAAAUCCUCUAAUAUUUUCUCUUAUUUUCAGUAUCAAAGAAGUUGCUCAUAAUUGGCAAGUUUAUAAAACAUGUACAUUAGAGUGUAAAUAUUUAAAAUACAGUGUAUAUAAUUACUACAGGAAUUAUAAUGUAAUGUUGUAUACAUAUGCCGAUUAUUGGCUUGUCGAUAUAAUUCAACUUUUAUUUCUUAUCGGCACAGUGUUGAAUUCUGUAAUAAUAUCGUUAUUAGUUAAUAGAAAACAAUUUUUAUAUUUAUGUAUAACCAAGAAAAUCGAAAUAUCUUUAAAUAGUUACAUAUUACUUUUUUGUUCUAUAUUUCACAACCAAAAUUUUAAUUUAAGUGGUGAUAAAUAAUAAAUAAUUGUGUGGCUUUGUUGAAUUGCCCACUUUUCAUGAAUGGUAUAGCUAAAGCUAUCCUGUGUUAAAAAUGUAUAUAAAGCGAUUAACAAACACUAAGAGACAAAUAAUAUAUGUUUCAUACCAUUAGAGUAAAGGCGAUCUGUUAGUUUUAAAAAUCAUUUUUGAAUCACUUAUAAAAUUUCCCAUAUGACAUAAACAUAUUGACGAUUCAGUUUGUGGAAUUUGUGAACAAAUUGUAUUUGAGUAUAGAUUGAAUUAGAGAAAUAAUUUAUUAUACAUUUACAUGUUAAAAAGGAAAGUGGAUUUUACUAUAUAUUAGUUAAAAUUGCCUUAAAAAAUAAAGUACUAAUUUAGGGAUAUAUAAAAAAUUUAUCAGUGACACCAAUAAUUGUAAUACCUCAUGAAUAUGUUUAUCUUUUAAACGAUGUAACUAUUUUGCAGUUUAAAGAAAGAUUCAUCUACUUGUUAACAUGAACUUGAGAAUGCAGAAUUCUAGAAUGUUUCAAUUAUUUACUAUCAAAAAAAAUUUGAUCAGAAUUUCACAGUCAUUCCGUUACUAUGUUGUUCAUUAUUCGUUUGAAAAUCGGAUAAAGCCUUAUUGUAGUAAUAUCAAUUUGUUAAAAGGAACACGCAUGUCAGGUUAUGUACUGGUUUGCAGCAUGUACCUUUCAUCAGCACACAAUUAUGCCUUAUCUCUGUUAAUUGAUAUCGCUGACUUCUUUAUCAGUUUCAAAUAAAUGAUAGGAUAUUGUGCCUUGAAUGUAGAUUUUGAAGAUGAUAAAAAAAUUUCAUAAUGGUGUAAAUUAUUCUUAUUUAUUUUUGCAAUUCAUUCAUAAUUGUAAAAUUUAGAAUGAAAUUUGGUAAUUCUAUAUUCAAUAAUAAUUGUCACAAUAAUCAUUUUUAAUCAAUAUAAUUUAUAAUGUAAUCAUGUGAUGUUAUCAAUUAUUUUGUUCAAUUGAAAAUCAUUGAAAAGGAUUCAAUUAAAAACAUUUAUUUAAUUUUUUUAACUUUAAUUUUAAAAUUGCGGGCUGUCUAGACUUACUAUCUUAUUUAUCAAAUAUGCAAUGGAUUUUUGACAUAGCUGUGAUUCGAUUUAAUGUCAGUUCUAACAGAUUUUUGUUUAAUCUGUAUACUUAGCUCAAAAUUUGUUGUUUAUAUCAAAGAUAAGUAAACGAACAGAAGUUAUGCUUGAAAAGAAUCCUGCUUGAGUCAAAAAUUCCUUGGUCUUGAAAUGUGAAAUAUCAUUAAUCGAAGCAUUUCAUUUUUUUUUUUUUUUUUAACUAGAAGUGAAAAUUAAUUUAUUUAAGUUUUAAUUGUUUUAUCGAUUAUCGUUAAGAAAUUAAGUUCAUAGGGUCUUUUUUUGUUGUAACAAAAUGUUUUACUGUAUAUUAAGUUUACAUAAGAUGGAGUAAGGUAUAAUUAUAAAUAAAAUAAAAUGAUAUUUUUAAUACAAUGGUAAAUGAUCAAUAUUCAUAUUUCCUCUUCUGGUAUAAAGAGAAUAAUUCUGUACUAAUACAUACAACAAUAAUUGACUGAAAUCAAGCCUUGAGAUAAACAUCUUUUAUACAACAAAAUGCUUGGCCGUUUUAACAGUACAAAAUUCAUUAAACUGUCUUAAAUACAGGUUUUUAAAUUAAUUGUGAAUUUGACUGUUUUUAU